CACCUAGACAUCUGGCUCCUGUCCUCUCAUUUAGUUCAGCGGUGAGAUAGAGGCAGGAGAGUUGUGACACGCCAGUCCUCGGUAGCUUCUCUAACCGACAGGCAGCCAACAUGGACCGGUCCUACAUGGGCAGUGCCACCGCUUACAGUGUCUACGGGAAGCCGCCUCAGUCCUACUUUGACCCGGCCUACGAUGAGAAAGCAGCCAAGUCGUACAUGGACUCAGUGUACGAGGAGAAGAAGAAAGUAGAGAAGCAGGCCCGCUCCGAGGCCGUCUGCUGCGAGGUCGUGGCGCUGGUCUUCGGAUUCGUCGGCCUGAUCGGUGUCUCCGCGGUGACCGGCUUGCCCAUGUGGAAGGUGACAGCAUUUAUCCAGGAGAACAUCAUCGUCAUGGAGACGCGCUGGGAGGGCCUGUGGAUGAACUGCUAUAGACAAGCCAACAUCAGGAUGCAGUGYAAGGUGUACGACUCUCUGCUGUUCCUCCCUGCGGACCUGCAGGCGGCCAGAGGCCUCAUGUGCUCCUCCGUAGCUGUGUCUGCCAUCGCUCUGAUCCUCUCUGCCGUGGGGAUGAAGUGUACCAAGGUGGUGGACCACCGGCCUCGUACCAAACACAUCAUCCUGGUGACCGGGGGAUGCCUGUUCCUCGUGGGUUGUGUCACCACCAUCAUCCCAGUCUCUUGGACGGCCAACGUGAUCAUCCGUGACUUCUACAACCCCCUGCUGAUCGACGCCCAGCGCAGGGAGCUGGGAGAGGCGCUCUACAUCGGAUGGGUGACUUCUGCUCUGCUGUUUGUGGCUGGGGUCAUACUGCUGUGUCGCCACGCACCCCGGGUAGGAGACGAUGAGAUGGAGAGGAUGGUCAACGGGCCUGGGUACAUCUACCAGCCUGGAGUGAACUACCAGCCUGGAGUAAACUACCAGCAGGGUUCAGCAUACGCAUACCAGCCAUAUUCCUACCAACCCAACUACUCAGCUCCACCCGGAUCUGUGGUCUACGCUCCUAACCAGUACAUGUGAGAGAAACCCAUCCCAGAACAACAUGGACUUGAGACUUACCUUGCCUGCUUGGAACCAAGCAUUAAAAGUGCAAAUAAAUAUAACUGAACUCAUAUUGUUUAAAUAGAAUAUAAUUCAUUUUAGUMGAAUUUAUAAAACAGAACUCAUAUUGUUACAUAGAAUAUAAUUAAUUUGAGUUCUUUGGAUCCAAGCGUUGUUGAAAUGUCAGAGUGGGGAGGAAGAGACAUAGACACUGAUCUGGCUAGAAGUGUCUUGCUGGAAAUGGCCCAAUCGUUGAUUAUUUAGUUCARAGAGAGAGAGAACAUCAUUAAGCAGACCUAUAUUCCCUGUAUGUGUUGUGUGUCUAUGUGUUCAACUGUAGGUGGGAGUUAUGUGUUUAAUUGUGUAAAUAUACUUGUCAGUUAUGUGUAUUGUGCAAAUAUUGAGCAAAUAUUGUCCGACCAAUAGCUGUGGAAUAAUGUGGUUAAGCAAAAAGGACUUCACAAGUUUCCACUAAUAUUGACCAAACAACUUACCAAACCCCUGUUUUUGUUUACCUGCUAUUUUCAUAAUAAAAGGUUUGUUUAAA